CAAAGUUGUAAUGCUUCUUUCCUUAGAAGAGCCUAUAGAAUUGAACUUUUUCUGAUUGAGUAUCCUAUAGUCUCUUUGCUCUUGUUAUAUUAUUUGUAUCCUUAGUGGAGUUGGAGAUGGGCAUUGAAUAUGCUCCUCAUAUGUUCUAACUUCUCAUAGCAAUGCAUCUACACAAUGGCUGUUGCGUGGUUUCAACAUCCUAGGAACCUAUUCGAUGUCUUAAGAGAAGCAAUUUCUACCCAUCAUGUUCUUUCACUAUACCAGGGCCUGGGUACAAAAAACCUGCAAUCUUUCAUUGCACAGUUUGUCUACUUUUAUGGCUACAGCUACUUCAAAAGGCUAUAUUUGGAAAGAAGCGGUGCCAAAAGAAUAGGAACAAAAGCAAACUUAGUUAUUGCAGCUCUUGCUGGAGCUUGCACUGCCAUUGCAACACAGGUAAGCCAUUGAAAGGCCACACCUCCUUCAUUUUGGUAUUGAAUCAUCCCUCAUUACACAAUGUAAAAUCCAAAAUCUAAUAGGUGCCAAAACUACUGUUCUGGACAACUAUAUUUGUGAUUUUCUUUUUAUAAGUAACUAUAUUCCUAAUGUUAGUAUCCAUGUUUGCAGAAUAUUUCAAAUAUGAUGUUGGGAAAAUAGAAUAUGCUAUUGGAACCAAAAUUAAUUAUAUUUAGAAAAGUCUAUGUGAACCAAACAUUUCUCUUUAGAAAUAUAUAUAUAUAUAUAUAUGAAUUAAAUUUUCAUGUAAUGCUCCAUUUGGUUCUUUAAAGAUUGCAAAAAAAGGUAUGAUGAG